GACGAUUAUUUUAUUACAAGUUUAAUUAAAAAGUAAAUAUUUUAUAGUAAUUUGAUAAGGAGAUGAAAACAAGAUUUAUCUAAUUUUCUCAUAUUCCUUUAAACCGUAUGGAUUCGUAGAGUAACUGCGGAAAGUAUAUAAAAUUAAAAAUAUAAAUUGUAGUUAAUUUAAAAAUGGUUAAUGUACUAAUGACAAAUUCAAAUACUAUUUCAUACUAUAAUGGACAGAAAUACAACUCAAUACUUGAGCUCGCUGAAAAAGGAAAAAUGCACGGCGCCAAACGUGUAUUAUUUUUUUGUGUAAUGACUGCGAUUCUCCCAACAAUACUUAUAAUUAUUCCUUUAUACCUCAGACAUCAAGUUUUCGCUGAUGUUAUUUACCCUGUAGCAGAAUCUGACGUUUUAGUAAUUACCGAAGGAGUUUCUUCUAUAUUUUGCGAAUCAUUAGGAUUAAAAAUGAAUUCGACUUUUAAUGCGUUUCAGUUACCGAACAAACCAAAUAAAAGUGAGAAGGUCAAACAUAUUAGACUAAAAAAAUCGAUGUCAUUACCUGAUGAUACAUUGGAAUAUUGGGGAUUUUACCUAUUGAAAGGAUCUAAAGUCAAAUUAAAGAUAUGUUCUCGGUAUGUCGGCGCUCGAAUUUUAGUUGUAAGAGGAGACAAAAAUUUGAACACGUGCAAUAUUAUGAAGCAAAACGGAAAAUACGGUGCCAAAAUGGAUGCAGAUUCCAAUAAAGUGAUAGUAUCUUAUCAAAACGAAAAACCAGCAGAUUUUGUAGGUAUUAUACCAAAUAACGAUUUAGAAGAAGAAUAUAAUAAAGCGGAAGAAGAUAUGUCUGACGAUAAUAACGGAUACGGGGAUCUGUCGUUAACGAGAGUGAGAAGAAAGAAAAGCAGUCACAUGAAUCAAUAUUAUGAGGCUCAAGAAAACGACACUUAUCAACAAAUCGGACGUGUACCAAAAUUGAGACAUUCCAGAAAGCAUUUGAAGGAAUGGCAAAAGAAAAUUGACAAACUCAGAAGGAAUCUAGAAGAAAAUUCAAUCGAUCGACAAAAGAGGAGUAUAUCGGCUUUGGACGCUCACAUAAAACACGGAGGUAACGCAAUGAACGCGUCCGGUUUGGACGUGGAAGAAAGCGAAAUGAGCGUAUCGAGUUUCGAAACCGAACUUCUAACUUGUUACGACGGUAAAAUUUUAUUGUCGCGCAGUUUUCAACCGAGCCGAAAUUGUAAAAACAUCGAAUAUUUGGACGAAAGCAAUCGGAUGAUAACCGAACACACGAUCGCCUCGGACGGAUAUUAUUAUUACAUAUUUUAUUCCGAUAACGAUAUAACUAUAAAUAUGAUGCACGCCGUUUUCGAUAUAUAUAAAACCACUUACGGUUUCAAAAACGCCACCAGCAGCAAAGAAUGCGUGAAUAAAACCGUGUGCGAAUUUCCAAUACAUCUGCUUUCGACGGAAAUAUUCGUAGUGGAAGUGCCUACUAGAGACGGGAUCGAACACGAAGAAGACGACAUCACCUUAUUAACUAGUACCUGUAAACCUAGGAUGCAGGUUUACGUUAUUUUUCCUAUUCUCGUAUUGAUUUUAAUCGUGGUAUGCGCGUUUUUGUGAAAUUCCAUUUCGAAAUUAAGAAUCGGAAUGUUUUCAAUUAUGAGAAUUUAUUGGAUUACCCUGUAUAUAUAAUUUUUAUCGGAAGACAUCGCAUCGCAUCAUCACCUAACCACCCUCCUCGUUUCAUAGGGACAAGAAGAAAAGAAAUUUGUAUAUAUACGUCGACUCCUCCCUUAUGGUGGUUUUCACUCUUCCUGGAUUUAUCUGGUACCAACUUAUAGCUGAGAAAUAUAAGUUGCUGGUAAAAACCUGGUAAGAACUGUAAAAAUCAAUUUUGUGCAUUUUCCCAACAAUUUUUCUGAUUGAAAAAAAUGAAAAUUGAUGGAGUGACUUAUGAAUUAUAUUCACUAGGUUAUUUGAAAUUCCUGAAGGGUAAAUUUGAGAUAAUUUUCAAACACAUUGCUGUCAAAAAUUAGUAGGAAUGUGUUAAAAUGUAUCUAAUUUAUUUUGUUUUAUUAUUAAAUAUGAAAAUAUUGAAUAUUUUUGAACAACUGUUAAAAUAAUUCAGUUGAAUCCAUUAAUGAAAGUUAAUAAACUCUAAGUGAUAAAAAUAUGAGUCUGUGGAGGCUCUUUGCAUAAAAAAUCAUUUUAAUUUCAAUUUUAAGUAUUAAUACCAAAUAUGUGAUAUUAAAUAAUUAAAUAAAAUUGUUAAUAAUUAUUUUUGAAAGAAAAAUUUGGCAGAAAUCAUAGAUUUUAAACGGAAUCAUACUUUUUUAUAUACUUAUUUUAUUAAAAUAAUUAAAUAUAUUUUUAUAGUUUCUGUGUUUAUCUGUGAUUUUAACUGUUGUAUAUAUUUGUUUAGAAAUAAAAUCGUAUUCAAAUGAAAA